AAAACGUCGACAGCGAAGGCAAGAUAGCAGCAGCGCGAUAUCCAUCGUCUCAUUUGUUAAUAAUUCGUUUCGCUGUUUUCGUGGUCGUCAACUAUGCUGCGUCGCGUAUCUAGUGGAAAAUGUUCAAUUUCCAAUUAAUUUAUAAACAUAACAAGUAAAAAAUUAGAAAUACAGAAAAAUCAUUUUACUAAUGUGUUAGUGAAAAAGUGUUGUACAAAUGUAAAGAAAGUGUAAAAUGCGUUGGAGAUAAAAUACAAAAAAUUAAAACGACUGUGUGGCAGCAGUAGCAGCAGCAGUGGUGCCUGCGACAUCGCCCUGUUUUUUCAACCAUCUUCUCCGCUAUUGUCUGCCUAUUCAGACAGCGGCUGCUGCCUCAAAGUCUUGCAAUUCCGUAGUUCUGUCAGUAUUAUUAUUUCCAUGUUUUCUUGUGUAGUUUUCUGUGCGAAGUGAAUUUCCAAUAAUAAGAUCGUAAAAUUUUCUGUUUAAAAUUUGUAUAGUUUUUUAGGCUUAUGGCAAAUUGAAAAAAAAAAAAUGUUUAGUGUGGGCUGUUCGGAGUACAAAAGUGUUUCUUCCAUUCGCCAAAACGUUUUUAAAGCCUAUAUGUGUAAAAUUAUUAAAGUUGUAUACGUGUGUAGUGUAUGGUUUCCGUCCUUCACUUUCUUUGUUUCUCUGCCUCAAACUCUCACCAUUGCUACUGCGUUAACUCCUUAUAAAGUGGAACUUCGUGUGGUUAGUGGUGCGCGAAGCUAAACGUGGAAAUCCAACUCUGCGAAGUUGUCAAAGUUGUGUUGUUAUUCCAAUAUUUGACACGUAUUACGUAUGCCAUACUAUUUUACAUUUUACACUUCCUUUGAGGAUUUAGUGCGUCCAAAUAAUUCUCAAUGUGUGAAACAUUCUCACUCGGGAGCAAUUACGCAAGCUCUUCCAAAUGAUAGGAGCAUCGGAUAUGUGAAAAUAUAUCAGCAGAAGGGUAGUGUAAUUAAAAAAAAAAUAAAAACGCUACAUUCACAAAGUUAUUUGCACAGUAGAUCAAAUCGUACCAAACCAAUAUUAAAGGCUGAUUAAGUGUUAUUUUGUGUUGUGCAAAUAUUUGACGCCGUGACUAUGUGGUGAUCUGCGACGAGUAACGAGCAGGUGGUGGCUACACAAGUAACAGCGGCUACACAUACUUAAGUUGUUCGUUUCCUGAUUAAACAAUCGUAUUCAAAAAGUGUUGAAGUGGCGCUUACUUGUUAUUUUGGCUUAUUAGAGAAUAUUGUUUUUGCUAUAGAAUAUUUCAGACAGUGACUAUAACUUUUUUUGAUAUUCAUUUCCUCACAGUGCUUAACUAUCACUUGGGUAAUUGUACAAGCUUCAAGUGACAAUAUUUGUAAAAAUUUAGUGAAAUACCUUUAAUUUACCUAAAAAAUCAUAAAGUACAAUAAAAUAAAUUAAAGAUAUUUAAUAAUACGUCUAGUUCAACUUAAUGAUAUUACAAAAAAAAUCUUACCAAAUAAAAUAAAUAAAUUGUACUGAGUGCUCAUACUGCUCCUCGGCUUUGGAGCUUUUAAGACAGCUACGUGAUUAUACUCAAAAGCAACAAUAUGGCACACGCCCACCAUAAUGCUGCUAAUCUGCUUAGUUCAGAUAUAUCACGACGCAAUCCACAGGACGAAUACGAGCUCAUACAGAAGAUCGGUUCUGGCACAUACGGUGAUGUUUAUAAGGCGAAGCGCAUACAGAGCAAUGAAUUGGCCGCAAUCAAAGUCAUCAAACUCGAGCCCACCGACGACAUACAGAUCAUCCAGCAGGAGAUUAUUAUGAUGCGCGAUUGUCGACACAAAAAUAUCAUCACAUACUAUGGUUCGUACCUGCGGCGCGACAAGUUGUGGAUCUGUAUGGAGUACUGCGGUGGCGGUAGCCUGCAGGACAUCUACCAGGUGACGGGACCACUUACCGAACAACAAAUCGCCUACAUGUGCCGUGAAACAUUGAAAGGACUCGAGUACCUGCAUACGAUGGGCAAGAUGCAUCGUGACAUCAAGGGCGCCAAUAUACUUCUGACCGAACAGGGGGACGUCAAGUUGGCCGAUUUCGGAGUGUCCGCGCAGAUUACCGCCACGAUCAAUAAGCGGAAGAGCUUUAUCGGUACACCGUAUUGGAUGGCGCCGGAGGUGGCCGCCGUGGAGCGUAAAGGCGGCUACAAUCAAUUAUGUGAUAUAUGGGCGGUUGGCAUAACGGCAAUUGAACUUGCCGAACUCCAGCCGCCAAUGUUCGAUUUGCAUCCGAUGCGUGCGUUGUUCCUAAUGUCGAAAAGUGGUUUCAAACCGCCCACAUUAAGCAACAAGGAGAAGUGGAGCACCACAUUUCACAAUUUCGUGAAGACGGCGCUGACGAAGAAUCCCAAAAAACGUCCGACCGCCGAAUGCCUGCUGAAGCAUCCGUUUGUGCAGGGCGACAUGUCGGUGCGUGUGGCCAAGGAGUUGCUGCAAAAGUUCUUGAGUCCCAAUCAACAGUUCUACUACUAUUUGGACGGGGAAGAGGAGACUGUCGCCAGCGUACCACAACGAAUAGCAAGCAAAAUGACAUCAAGGCCAAAUGGUAUUUCACCGCAAAAUCACACUUUGAAAACAGGCAUGACAACGAAUUCGCAGUGGAAUGAUCGCUCAUCUAGUCCCGAAACUUUGCCCAGCGACAUUCCUUUAGCAGCUGCAGUGCGGCGCCAAAAGCUCACCGGUACUUUGAUUAUGAACAUGUCCUUAAGGAGCCUCUUACAGUAUAUUGAUGAGGAGCUAAAGCUAAGAGCCACCCUGCCGUUAACCGAUACCAAAGAUCUGCUUAGCACCGAAUGCCACUGCGCGCACAAUGGCGGUAACGGCAACGGCAACGGCAAUGGCAACGGCAAUGGCAAUGGUAAUGGCAAUGGCAAUGAAAAUGGUGGCGUCGGCGGCGCCAACGAUGCCGCAGCGCCAAACGCGCCCGACGACAUCAGCAGCUCCAACGCAACCUCCGCAUCGCCAUCGACAGCUGCCACUGUGAACGGUGGCGACGGUGUCAGCUCGAUUACUAGCGCGAGCGGCUUGGGCCAUUCGAUGUCUGCCUAUUUGGGACUGAGUUUCGGCUUCUCCAACAUGCGCACAACGUCGGUUGAUGCUGUGGUCAAUAACGCCAACCAUGACAGCGAUGCCCGGCACCACCACCAACAGCAGCAACAGCAGCCACAUUAUCACCAUCAUCAUCAUCAUCAUUACAUGCACUACACCAAUAACAGUAACAGUAAUAGCAACAGCAACGGCGGCGCCAGCGGCAGCGGCAGCAAUAUAAAUUCGCGCUCAACCAGCGCCACCGGCCUGUCGACAUCCACGUCCAGCAACUCCUAUGGAACCGCAGUUGGGGCACCAGCAAAGCUAAAUGGCCAAUCGCAGUACACGUCGUUGUCCUCGUCCUUGUACAAUCCAUUGGACAAUUUGAGUUGCGAAAGCGGAGGCGGCGGCGGCGGCAUCGGCGGUGGUGUUGGAGGCGGUAGCUUUGGCUUAGGCUUAGGCGGCAGUGUUAGUGGUACUAAUGGUGGCGGGGGAAGUGGUGUUGGUAUGUUAGGAAUUGAUAGGAGUAACGGAGGUGGUAGUGUUGGUAGUGCUGGUGGUUUUGGUGGUGUUAGUGGUGGUGUCGGCGGUGUUGGCGCGUCCCCAUCGCCAUCGUCAUCUUCGUCCGCGUUUGCUCGUGAUGUGCUUAUGCAUUCCUCUGCUUCCACGUCACAUUUAUUCACAAAUUUGCUGCGUAAUAAUGGCACCAAUUAUUUUAAUAGCAACACUUCGGUGACCGAUUCGGCAACAACAACUAGUGCAUCCGCAGCAACGUCGUCCGUAUCGGCCAACCCCGCCGGCGCGGCGGCUCCGUUGUCGGGAGAGUGUACGCCCACAUCGGGGCAAGCGAUUGGCGGCAGCAACGACAGCAAUUGUGAUUAUAGGCAUGAGAGUAAUCAGAAUGGUCUGGAGGACUCACCACGCCGCCACAGCUCGAUGGAUCAGCUGAUUGGCCUGCUCAAUGACAUGGGCAAGUCGUCGAGAACACGCAGUCUCAGCGAUGGCGGCACACAGGAUGACGAAGUGGAGAAAGAAGCGCAACCGGAUCUGCUCAAUAAUACGCCUCCCGUGCCUCCGAAACGCUCACAUCGUCGACGCCACACCCCGCCACGCCCCAUCUCCAAUGGUCUACCGCCCACGCCCAAGGUACAUAUGGGCGCAUGCUUUUCGAAAAUCUUCAACGGCUGUCCACUCCGCAUACACUGCACAGCCUCAUGGAUACAUCCCGAAACGCGCGACCAGCAUCUACUCAUCGGCGCUGACGAGGGCAUCUUUAACCUAAAUAUGAACGAACUGCACGAUGCCGUCAUCGAUCAGCUGUUCCCGCGUCGCACCACCUGGCUGUAUGUGAUUAAGGACGUACUCAUGAGUCUAUCAGGCAAAUCUUGUCAAUUGUAUCGACACGAUCUGAUUGCCUUACAUUCCAAGCAGACGCACCGUUUCUCACUGCACAUGAACAAAAUACCCGAAAGACUGGUCCCGCGCAAAUUUGCGCUCACCACAAAGGUACCCGACACCAAGGGCUGCACCCAAUGCUGUGUAACAAGGAAUCCUUAUAACGGCUACAAGUACUUGUGCGGUGCCACGCCCAGUGGCAUAUUUCUCAUGCAAUGGUACGAUCCGCUGAACAAAUUCAUGCUGCUUAAGCAAUGCGAGUGGCCGGCAUCGAGCAUACUGGGCGGUGGACAUGGCUGUGUGCUAAACGGCCACACACCCGUGUUCGAGAUGAUCAUCACGCCGGAGCUGGAAUAUCCAAUUGUGUGCACGGGCGUGCGAAAGGCCCUCAACGGCUGCCUGAAGCUCGAGCUGAUCAAUAUGAAUAGCGCCAGCUGGUUCCAUUCAGACGAUCUGGACUUCGAUGCCACGGCCACAAUGGUGCCACGAAGAGAUCUAUUGAAAGUGGUGAAAGUGCAUCAGGUCGAAAAGGAUGCGAUACUGGUCUGCUAUGGCAACAUCAUACAAGUCGUCACGCUACAGGGUAAUCCAAAGCAACACAAGAAAUUGGUCUCGCAACUCAAUUUCGAUUUCAAUGUGGAUAGCAUAGUUUGUCUACCUGAUAGCGUAUUAGCAUUCCACAAGCACGGCAUGCAGGGCAAGUCGUUGCGCAACGGCGAAAUAACGCAAGAAAUCAAGGACAUGAGUCGUACAUAUCGACUGCUCGGCUGUGAUAAAGUCGUCGCUUUGGAGAGUCAAUUGCUGCGCACCGGUUCGCUGGGCAGCGAGGAGGGACAUGAUCUUUACAUUCUAGCCGGCCAUGAGGCCAGCUAUUAAUUAACUAUAUAAUUACAAAAAUUAUAGUGGUAAAAUGCAAUUAACUAUGUAAAGCAAGUGAAACAAAAUAUUCUGUUUACUAUAAAAAAAAAAACGAAGAAAAAAUGCAAAGGAAAACUGAACAAACUCGCUAAGCAUACAUAAGCGAGUAGAAAUUAAAAUAAAAAUGAGCAUGUGAAAUUAAGUGAAAUGAAUGUCGGAAAAAUGAAAAAAAUCUUACUAAACUUUUGGUAUAAAAACAUAUUUAUUUUAAGCAUUUUUCUAGCGUCCGUUUUUCUGUUUUUUUUUUUUU